AUGUACGGUCUUUCAUCAUUUGGAAAAGCUGCCUCACGGUUCAUUCUCCACGAAAGUCGAGCUGCUGAAUUGUUGGAGGAGGUUGAUGAGGACGAUCUCUUGUUGAAUACUGGUCUGAAUCCUGAACCGCCGAGUGGAAUCCGUCUGACCGUUAUUGUUUCCGUGACGGUUCUACUUGUAGCGUACUGUAUCGCUUCGGACCAUUUGACGCUGUUCUGCUAUUUGAGUGUCUGUGCUCUCGUUGGCUUCCUUAUCGUGAUUGUCGUUAAAUGGCGGAUCAAAUCCUUCGUUAGAAAGUUGGGCGAAUUGGAUGGAGCGGCCAGAAAAGCGAAUCGAGCAUUGCUUCAGAGAGAAAUGUUAGCUUUCGGACUUGGUCUACCCAUAUCGCAAGCUCUGUCUUCUUGUCGACUUCGUCUUCUUUGUUGUUGUCGAGAGAAUAUUCUGUGGUUGAAUUCGUUAGCACAACGUGUUGUUUCUGCUGGAUUCAUGUCAGAGGAAAGUUCUCGUCUGGUGAGCAGCUUCUACACAGGAGAAAUGCAGGAUCUUGUACACAGCUGUACUUUGGAGACCUCUGAAGUCACUCAAAGAGAGAUAGGGGCUCUUCUUGAUUUGUUUAUACUUCAUCGAAGCGAAGUUCUUCGUCUCAUGGUACUGUACCUGUCUCGUUCUCCCAUCUCGUCAACUGUAACUCUUUUACUUCGCGUGUGCUUCCAACUUGAUCACGAAAUCGACGGUCAUAUUGAACGGUUAAACGUUCUUAUAAACUCAUUAUCACGUAAGCGUUCCAUUCAACGAAAAAUUCGACCGUCAUCGGAAUUGAAAUCUAUGGAUGAAUUAAAUGCUGUAGCUUUAUCGCUUGAAGAUAUUAUCAGUGGAAUCAAUAACGGGGAAUUGAGUGCAGAUGAAGUGAAGCGAGCACUCAACCGUGUGCUUUCAAUGAAAGCCUUUGUUGGUCCCACGUUGAAAAAAGAUGUUGAUAAUGCGAUUGAAGACGUCAAACUAGUUGACAGUCAUGAUACAGUCAAACAGAGUCCGAUGAUCAGUGAAUACGUUCCGAGAGCUCCUGUUUCUGAUGAGGUAUUUGAGGUGAUUGCAUCACAUGAAGAUGUUGAGGAACAAGACAUUUGCUAUUUUGAUAUGGAAAACAGUGCUCGCCAGCAAAGUCGUGAACUCAUGAAUGAGCUGCGCAUGAUAUUGGCGGAUCGAGCCACUGAGUUCGCGGCCAGAGAGCGACGCGCGCUUGCCGCGUUCUACGGGAUGUCGGACGCUGAGCUGGACGCGCUCGAAGAAUCACAGAAGAGUGAGUCCCGGAGGUGUCCUGAGGAUAAUGAGUCCCGGACAGAUGCUGACCUAACUAAGGCCCCAGCAUCGGACACAUUUUAUGAGUUUUCAAAUCAGAACGAACCGUUCACUGUUGAGGACGAGAGCAACUCCGAGAGAGAUUCAGGAGAACGACAUGCUCGUACUUUACCCAGUGAUCUUCUAGCCGCUCUUCGUUUACGGUCGGUCGCUGAGCAAACUAUCGGGGACGAUGAGGAUUAG